AUGAGUGUCUUGUUAGAGACUUCUCUGGGCGAUAUCGUCAUAGACCUUUUGGUUGAUGAUUCGCCCAAGGCUUCUGAGAACUUCUUGAAGCUCUGCAAAAUCAAGUAUUACAAUUUCGCACCCGUUCACAGCGUUCAAAAGAACUUUUCCUUUCAGACUGGAGACCCGCUUGGCCCUGACGCCCCCGAGAGUGAUGGCGGGUCUUCAAUCUGGGGGGUUCUGGACGGGCCCUCGAAGCGUACCUUUCCAAUCGAUCUGCCGAAGCUGAAGCACACCGAACGCGGAAUGGUGAGCAUGGCAACCGUUCCAGCCACCAACGAUCCCGACCAACGCCUGGCAGCCAGUCAGUUCUUAAUCACAUUGGGCGAUAAUCUAGACUAUCUGGAUGGGAAGGCUGCCAUUUUUGGAAAGGUCGUGGAAGGAUUUGAUGUGUUAGAAAAAAUUAAUGACUCCUUCAUUGAUGACCGAGGCCGGCCCCUGAAAGAUAUUCGAAUCCGUCAUACUGUCGUGCUGGAUGAUCCAUUCGAUGAUCCAGCUGGGCUAGUUGAGCCUCCGGAGAGUCCUUUACCCUCCAAGGCUCAGUUGGCGACAGUACGUAUUGCGGAUGAUGAAGAGUUAGAUGAUGAGAUGGAUGAGGAUGCCAUGGAGAAAUUACGCCGGGAACGUGAAGCUCGUGCCCAGGCAUUGACUUUGGAGAUGGUGGGAGAUCUACCAUUUGCUGAUGUCAAGCCCCCAGAGAAUAUUCUCUUUGUGUGCAAGCUCAAUCCUGUCACUCAAGAUGAGGAUCUCCAGUUGAUUUUCAGCCGAUUUGGUACCAUCUUAUCCUGCGAAGUGAUCCGGGAUAAGCGUACUGGGGAUAGUUUGCAGUAUGCCUUUAUUGAAUUUGAUAACCAGAAAGACUGCGAACAAGCCUACUUCAAAAUGCAGGGCGUACUCAUUGAUGAUCAUCGAAUCCACGUUGACUUCUCUCAAAGUGUUUCCAAACUCUCCGAAAGCUGGAGAAAUGCCACCGUGACUAAGCGCAGACAGCGAGGUGGAUUCGGUGGUGUCGCAGAUCUCGAACAGAAACGACAGUAUCGAGUCUCUGAUGACCGUCGAGAUGAUGACCAGGAUGCUAGUUAUCGAAUGGUCUUUGAUAAGUCCAAGCGCCGAGGUCCUGGGCCUGAUUCUCGUGAGGAUGGUCCCCGUAGCCCUCCACGGGACUCAGACUCGAACCGUGAUCGACGAGACCAAUAUCAAUCCCGCCGUCGAUCCUACAGUCGAAGUCCUGACCGAAAGGGUUCUCGACAAAAUCGGGAUCGCUACCGUGAUCGUGAGCGUGAUCGUAACCGUGAUGGACGACGAGAUGACCGGUAUGACCGACGACGAUGA